UCUUCGCUGGUCUUCAACAAGGCAAAUCUUCGAUCGUAGUUAAAUCUUCGUUCGUCUUCAAAGAUUUGUCUUCGCUGUCGAUAAACAUAUUGUUAGUCGUUAGGGGCUGUCCUAAGGCAUACCAUCCAUCGUGCAUCAAGCGGGACGAGUCCUUCUUUAAAGCAAAGGCCAAGUGGAAUUGUGGUAGCGUUAUCUGCAUCUAGAGAACGUUAGCAUAUUGUGCACCAAUAUAUCCAGUUGGAUAUUCUUAUAUGUUACAAAUUUAUAUGACAUAACCAAUUGCAAAAGAAUGGAGGAACAAGGCUUAUCCAAGUGCACAGCACGUGCCUAGAGGUUUUAGAUCGUCUUCCUCUUCCGCCCCAAAGCACUUUCCCCUAAACUUUAACCUAACUCUCAUCCUAUCCACCAUGAGACUCAUAUCUCCAAGAACCCUCUACUGCUUGUCUUCCUCUUCGCUAUCUCCUCCUUUUUUUCAGAUUUCCCACUUUUCAACCUCUUCACCAGCUCACCAUUUUCACAGUAACUAUUCUUUCAGACGCCAUGAUGAGGAUGUUCGGAAUGUGAGGAUUUCGGUUUGGUGGGACUUUGAAAACUGCCAUUUGCCGGCCGGCGUCAACGUGUUCAAGGUAGCACAUGCGAUCACUGCUGCUAUCAGGGCCAAUGGGAUAAAGGGUCCCAUUCAGAUCACAGCUUUCGGCGACAUGUUGCAGUUGUCAAGGGCUAACCAGGAGGCCUUGUCCUCUACUGGGGUCAAUCUUACUCAUGUUCCUCACGGUAGAAAGAACAGUGCUGAUAGGUCUCUUCUUGUAGAUCUUAUGUAUUGGGUUUCUCAAAAUCCCCCACCAGCACAUCUUUUCUUAAUUUCUGGUGACAGGGAUUUUGCUUCCAUUUUACACCGGUUAAGAAUGAACAACUACAAUAUAUUGCUAGCAAGUCCUGAAAAUGCUCCUGGUGUCCUCUGCAGUGCUGCAAGUAUCAUGUGGCCAUGGCAUGCUUUGCUUACAGGUGAAAACCUCACUGGAAAGUAUUUUAACCAACCACCUGAUGGUCCCUAUGGUUCUUGGUAUGGCCAUUACAAGGUACCUCUUGAAGACCCGUACUCAGUGGUUGAGCCUCCAGCACAGUCACAAACUGAGAAGUUGUCUGAACCUGGUUCAGAUUCUAAGCCUCGUCCAAUUCCUACUGCAGUCAUGAAGCAAAUUCGUCAGAUAUUGAAGUCACACCCUAAAGGAAUCUCCAUUACAGACCUUCGCAUGGAGCUUGGGAAAUGUAAGUUGAGUAUAGAUAGAAACUUCUAUGGGUAUAAAAAGUUUUCGAGCUUUCUUUUAUCAAUUCCACAUAUUUUAAAUCUCCAACCGUUAGGUGAUGGAAAAUUUCUUGUACGUGAUGGAAGUGAAAAAUCAUCUGAACCAUGUCAGUCCAAUCUAGGUAUGUCCACAGAAUCUAUUGCUGAUAAUGGAGGCCAGGAUCUGAGUUUAGCCUCACAGUUAGAUUGUGAGGACAAGUCUAUUAAUGUAAGUGCAAAUAGAAAGUUGUCAUCACCUUCAUCCCAUGAAUCAAAUGUGGAAGACCCUAAUAGAGAAUUGCAACAACCCUUUUCACCUAAAUCGGAUGGGAAGUCAAUAUUGCCUCCUUCCCUUGAGAAUGUGAAGUCUUCGGCAAAACCACAACUUUCUGCACUUGAUGAGAAGUCACCAUCCACUCCUUGCACUGAGAAUGUGAAGACUUCAGUGCCCAUUGAUGGAAAGGUUGUCGAAGUGGCUAAAGAACAAGAUAAUGAGCUUCAUUUUCCCCCAGCAGUUGCACAAGGUUCUUCAUCUGAGGUGGGUUAUUUUAAGUGCAUUUGGAGACAAUGGUUUGGCUAUAGAGGUAAUGUUUCAGGGACUAGAAGUCAUGACGGUCAAGAAGAUCAUUACACUUCCGGUAAUGUCACUGAGAAGGAAGGCCAUGACACUCCAGUGAAACAGUGUACUUCUGUUGGUAACUCUGGACAAAGAAAAGAUAAGGAAAAGUUAGUGGGAUCAACGAGUCAGGUCGUUGAUCAAGCACCUCACCUUUCAUCUUCUUCAUCCUACAAUGAAUCAGAUAAGGACAGCGAAACUGCAACAAGUUAUGAAGUAUAUGCUCAUAAAUCUAAAACAAGUCAAGGGUUUUUUGAUCAGAUAGUAAACUGGUGUAAAUUCUGGAGAAGUAGCCCGUGCUCUGAUCAAUUGAGUGAUCAAUCCUGUGACAGACCGAACCUGAUGAACACUCACUCUCAAGAGCACAUGCUCUUUUCGACGGAUUCAUUUUGGCAUGACUUGGAAUCUUUCAUGGGCACACCUAAAGGAUCAGUUCUUGUUUCCGAAUCAAGGACCAGGGAACAGAUGGCACUGAAUCUUCAGAAGGAAGGACCUUUGUUUCUUAGAUCUCUCCGCAAGGGCGAUCUCGUUCACUUGGUAGAUUUGUUAAUAUCAGAAAAAAAAUGGGUGGAAGAAAGCCCCUCCCAGACGUCACCAUUCAAACUUACCUAUCACAAUGGAAAGAGUUCUCUAGAUCAUUCUAAUGAUACAAAUAGGUUGACAUCCAUCUUUUUGAAUAAACCAUCACAACAUGACAUACAAAGAUCACGAGAACAUGAUGGAGAUGAAAAAUGUCGGAAUAUUCCUCAUAGUGGAGUUUCACUACCUGCCAUUAAAAAGAAACCCUCCAACAGGUGUAGAAUUGAGAUAAUAGCCGAUUGCCAAAAGCUUGUAAAUGAGAUAUUGAAAGAGUACCCAGAAGGAUAUAACAUGGCCUUAUUCAGAAAGUUGUUUCUUGAUAGGUAUGGCUACCACCUUGAUUUGCAUAUGCUUGGUUAUCAAAAGUUGGCAUCCCUGUUACAAAUGAUGCCUGGGGUUAAACUAGAGUCCUCUUACAUCAGACCUGCUUGUAAGACUCCAAAAAUGUCUGAUAUGGACAGUUAUGUCCGUAAUAUCCAAAAACAGACUGUCAGUCAUACAGUGGCUAAUGCAGAUAGUGAAUUAUCUGAUGCGUCAACCAAGGAUGAUGUUAGCGACUCACCAUGGGAAGAGCUGGGCCCUGUUGCCAGCACAUCGGAAAAAAAUGAAGUGGAAGUAGCAUCAAGGAGGAAGGCAAUAGAAUCAACAUGUUUUGAUUAUGAACCGUCCCUUUCAGAUGGCUUGUCAGAUUCAGAAGGAGAGACUUCGCCCUUAACUGAAUUAGAAGGAGAAGGUGCGGCCAGAGUGAACAAGGAAGAUAGCUCCCUUUUGCAGAUCCUUGACUCGUGGUACAGCGGUAAGGAUGGCGGAAGUAGCAAGGACAGGUCAGAGAAUUUUGAGGGGUUGGUUGAUUUCACAAAUGUUUCUAAGCUAUCUGUUUCAUCUGGAGUUGGCCCCAUGAGUGGUACUUGUUCGGGAAACGAAGCCCGCAAGCAAAGACGUCAAAAGAACUACUGUUUUGUUGCAGAUUCUGGUGAUAACAAGGACAAGCUAUUUGAUGGCAUAGUAGGUAGCUUGAAGAAAUCAAGUGAGCCAAGGAUGAAGAGCUAGAGGGUUUAAAUAAUUAAGAGUGAGAGCAAGUCAAUGAAGCAUAUAUCUUCUACAUUCGGAAUAGAUACUAGGAAAUGUAGAACUUGAGUAAUCAAGUGAUGUAAUCCCUGGUCACGGAUCAUUUUUUUGAAAUUAGGUUUCGUUUACAGAUUUUAUUUUUGUAAAAG